AUGGAUCUUAAUCAGCAAAUGGAACAGAUUGCAGCAGAAGCUGUUAAUUUAGCGCAAAAGGAGAGAAGUGAGGAAGAGUUAGAGCAGAAGGAGGCACCCCAAGAGGAGGCACCCCAAGAGGAGGCACCCCAAGAGGAGGCACCCCAAGAGGAGGCACCCCAAGAGGAGGCACCCCAAGAGGAGGCACCCCAAGAGGAGGCACAGGAGGAGGCACAGGAGGAAGUACAGGAGGAAGUACAGGAGGAAGCACAGGAGGAAGCACAGGAGGAAACACCUCAAGAAACAUUCUUGGCUUCCACUCAAAAUACUCCCAUGGAUGAGGAUGAAAUAAUCAGCUCCAUUAAAGCAAAGAAAAUCACCAACGCUGAUGAUCGAUUCAAUACACACAAGAAAUUAAUAAGAAGAGCCAGACCACAUGUCAGCACCGAGACUACCACUAUUGAUGAUCAACCAUCAUAUAGUAAUGACGACCUCGAUCCACAACAAAGGAAACGAUUGGAGUUGGAAGAGAAGAUGUCAGCCGCAAUCAAGGUGAAAUCGAACAGAAGAAGAAAAGCUGAUGAAGAUGAUAUUGAAAGAAUGCAAGAUGAUAAAAUUGACCAUUUGAAAGAGCGAAUGAUCAACGCAGCCAACUUGGAUGUCGAAAAGAAUUCACAAGGACAGAUUGCUACUGAAAAGCUAAAAUUAUUGGACGACGUGUUGAACAUCUUAUCAAGAGCUGAUUUAGCAGAGUCAAUUUUGGACAACAAUUUAUUGGAGGCGGUACGAUUAUGGUUGGAACCAUUGCCUGAUGCCAGCAUGCCAGCGUACCAAAUCCAAAAGGAGCUAAUAAACUCAUUAGAAACAUUGCCCAUCAAAACUGACCAUUUAGUGGCCUCAGGAAUAGGUAAAGUUCUCGUAUUUUACCAAAGAUCAAAAAGGACAGAGCCACUGUUGAAAAAGAUUGUUGACAGAUUGAUAGGUGAUUGGACUAGACCUAUUUUGAACAAAUCAGACUCAUACAAGGACAGAUCUAUACAGUUUGGUGAAUACAACAAGGCAAGAUAUUCCAACAAAUUGUCAUCUGGUAAUAAGCAAACGGCACCAAAGACUCUAUACGAGCAAAAUGCUGAAAGAAGGAAAAGAGCCGCUAUACCAACAGCACGAACUGCUGCUUACAAGAUUGCUCCCAAGGUUGAUCCAAACUUAUUGAUGAGACAAUCAGGAAGAGGACACGAUGAAAGGUUUAAAAAAUUGAAUCAAAAAUUGACCACCAUGGGCACCAAGAGGAAAGUGACAAAGAAAGGUGGUCCAUCAAUUGAAGGUAGAGAUUUGAGCAUUUAA